AGCGCCGGCCUCUAUCGCAGGCCUCCUUCGCUCCCACUGGCCGGCUGGAGUCUACCAGGAAGGGCGUGGAAAGGAGCGGGAGCAAAGGGGAAGCGGGUCACGAGUCAAAGCGGCCGAAGUGGGGAGGAUGCCGCUGGCCGCAACUCGCGGCCGCGGGGAUCUGGUUGGACCGGGUUGAGCCCAGUCUCAGAGACUUCUGGAGCUGGGGGCCAAGCUGCCGCGCCCCCUGCCGCUGAGAAGACCCGGCGCCCCUCACCCCCACCCCCCCGUCAGCCCCGCGGCCGCUGCCCGGGAGCCGCAGAGAUGGCAAGUCCUGUGGUUGUUGUAAGUAGCUGCAGCUCUCACGAAGAGGAAAAUCGUGGCACUUUUAACCAGCACACAUCGCUCUCUGAGGAGCUUCUGUUAGAAGACCAGAUGAGGCGAAAACUCAAAUUUUUUUUCAUGAAUCCUUGUGAGAAGUUCUGGGCUCGAGGCAGAAAACCAUGGAAGCUUGCCAUACAAAUUCUAAAAAUUGCAGUGGUGACUAUACAGCUGGUCUUUUUUGGGCUAAGUAACCAGAUGGUUGUAGCUUUCAAGGAAGAGAACACUAUAGCAUUCAAACACCUCUUCUUAAAAGGAUAUAUGGACCGAAUGGAUGACACGUACGCAGUGUACACACAAAGUGACGUAUACCAUCAGAUCAUCUUUGCAGUGAACCAGUACUUGCAGCUCCGCAAUACCUCGGUUGGGAAUCAUGCUUACGAGAAGAAGGGUAUGGAGCAGUCUGCUAUGGCGAUCUGUCAGCGCUUCUACAGGCAAGGAAACAUCUGUCCUGGAAAUGAUACCUUUGACAUUGAUCCAGAAAUUGAAACUGAAUGUUUCUUUGUAGAGCCAGAUGAACCUUUUCACACUGGAGCACUGGAAGAAAAUAAACUCAACUUAACUCUGGACUUUCAUAGACUCCUAACAGUGGAGCUGCAGUUUAAACUGAAGGCCAUUAAUUUGCAGACCAUUCGUCAUCAUGAGCUCCCUGACUGUUAUGACUUUUCUCUGACUAUAACAUUUGACAAUAAGGCCCAUAGUGGAAGAAUUAAGAUAAGUUUAGAUAAUGACAUUUCCAUCAGAGAAUGUAAAGACUGGCAUGUAUCUGGAUCAAUUCAGAAGAACACUCACUACAUGAUGAUCUUUGAUGCCUUGGUUAUUCUGACCUGCCUGGCCUCACUAAUCCUGUGCCUUCGAUCUGUGGUUAGAGGACUUCAGCUUCAGCAGGAAUUUGUCAAUUUCUUCCUCCUCCAUUAUAAGAAGGAAGUUUCUGUUUCUGAUCGAAUGGAAUUUGUCAACGGAUGGUACAUUAUGAUUAUUAUUAGUGACAUAUUGACAAUUAUUGGCUCAAUUCUGAAAAUGGAAAUUCAAGCUAAGAGUCUAACAAGUUAUGAUGUCUGUAGCAUACUUCUUGGGACUUCCACCAUGCUCGUGUGGCUUGGAGUCAUCCGAUACCUCGGCUUCUUUCAGAAGUACAAUCUCCUCAUUCUGACCCUGCAGGCAGCGCUGCCCAAUGUCAUCAGGUUCUGUUGCUGCGCUGCUAUGAUUUACUUAGGCUACUGCUUCUGCGGAUGGAUUGUGCUGGGGCCGUACCAUGAUAAGUUCCGUUCUCUGAACAUGGUCUCUGAGUGCCUUUUCUCUCUGAUAAAUGGAGAUGAUAUGUUUGCCACGUUUGCAAAAAUGCAACAAAAAAGUUACUUGGUCUGGCUAUUUAGCAGAAUUUACCUCUAUUCAUUCAUCAGCCUCUUUAUAUAUAUGAUUCUAAGCCUUUUCAUUGCACUGAUCACUGAUACAUAUGAAACAAUUAAGCAUUACCAACAAGAUGGCUUUCCAGAGACUGAACUUCGUACAUUUAUAUCAGAAUGCAAAGAUCUACCCAAUUCUGGAAAAUACAGAUUAGAAGAUGACACUCCAGUAUCUAUAUUCUGCUGUUGUAAAAAGUAG